AUACACUCCCAUACCAAUAUAAUUUUGUUGAAAUUUCAAUUAUUUAAUCUGUCUUCUUCACAAUAUCAGGUCGUAUGCAAGACAAGAGAUUGGUGUCCUCCAUGCUUCCAAGAAGCUUCUAUGUUACUAGUAUUGCGCACAACUCAACUAGCUACAAGCAACCAUUGACAUCCAUCCCCUUUUGUUCAUUUUUUAUCAGUUGGUUUCGAUGUCACCUUCCCACAUCUAAUCCCAUAUUUCAAAAUGGACAAAAUACUACUAACCCUUUUGUUUAUAUGAAAUUAAAUUUCAGUACUGCUGCAGAUCUGGCCUGGUAGUAUUAAUUUUAUGUGCCUCCCCACCGCCACUAUGCACUAAAAUUUAUCUUAUAUUGACAGGGCAAUGCAAUGCAUGCUGUGAUUAAUUUGCUUCCUCUUGUCUUGGUGAGAUUGAUGUACUGUCCUGAUCCGGCGGGCAUCGUUUAGUGGAGGAAGAACAGUCUGACGCUGGACAGGGUGUAGGCGUCCCAGAGUUGUCUGAUUCUGCCAUGAACUACCACACAAUUAUGAACAUAGCAUUUAUAGGCUGCUAAAAUGCAUGGGUUCUACUUGAAAGCCUCAACUAUAUAACCUAGGGACGCUGCAGCCUGGAGGGAUGGUGUUGGAGCAAGUGCAACGAGUGAAGCAAUUUGAGUCCCUUUCCUCUCACUUCCCACUUCAAUUGAAGAUGAUUGGCAUAACCGGAGCAUGUUCCCGAUUAAUGGGGGAGUUACUGCAUGGGCUGAGACGAGUACGAUCAACUUCAGCUCACAAUAUUGAUCCAAUUCACCCUGCAGCUUUCAAGCCACAGGAGGAGGCCCGUCGUGCUCCAGUUGAUGACUCGAUGCUCCGGGCUCUCACUGCUGUGUUUGGCAUGGAAAGCAAUGGCAGAAUCACCAAGGAGAAGGCCCGUCAAGUGGUGGAGAAGCUUGGUUUGGUUGAGGGUGAGGGAGACGCUACUAACUUUGACCUGCCUGGUGGUGGUGCUGCUGCUGCCGGUGGUGGUGGGUUAGAGGACGAAGUAGCCGUGGAGGAGGUGCUAGGAGGAUUCAUGGAAGAUGGUUCCAAGCGGAAUGAGCUGCUACGCCAAGCCUUCAGGAUUUAUGAUGAGGAUGGCAACGGGUUUAUAGACGCAUUAGAGUUGAAGAGGGUGCUGCAAUGCUUGGGCUUGGACAAUGGGUGGGAUAUGGGUCAGAUUGAGAAGAUGUUGAUGGUUGUAGACUUGAAUCUCGAUGGAAAGGUUGAUUUUACAGAGUUCGAAUUGAUGAUGGGCUAAACCGAACGUGUCGAGCAAGGGAAAAUUAGAAUAUAUGCUCUAUGUUCAAUACCAUUUUUUCCAAUGCUAAUUGUAUAUUUCCUUUUUAUUUACUUAUAAUUUUCAUCUGAAUUAAAAUGUGGCUGGCUUUCUCACAA